UUGUCUUGUGAAAACCUUCAAAAGAGGACUUGCAAGGGAAAUAAUACCUACCAACUGAUGGAUUCCAAAGCACUUGUUUCUUGUGUUCUCCUCCUUCAUCUGUUGAUUGUCCUGGGAGCCUGUGAUAUCAUACCCAAGGCCAAGGAUAGUGGUACUAAUGCAAUCAGGCUCCAGGGCAUGGAUGCUAAUAAUCCUCAUCGAAAUGAUAAGACACAUCAUGUUGCUCACGUCCAUGAAAAGAAGUCAAUGCACGAUCCUUCUCUUUCCUCAUCCCACAUGAUGCAUCAGAUGGAUCCAAGAGCAACCGUGUUUUUCGUUUUAGAUGAUCUCAAGUUAGGCAAAACAUUGAGUAUCCUUUUCCCUGACGGAGAUCCUAGUCCUUUGUCCUCUCCUUAA